AUGUCUUCGCAUUCGUCUGCACGUCCAGACGCGCCCAAGAGCUCCUAUGGGAGCUCCGUUCCGUCAAAUUCAAGACCAAACACAGCCAACCAGACCCCCCAAAGGCUCCGACCGCCGAGAUCGCUCCCGCCAUGGAUCGAUUCCUACCACGAGAAAUAUGACGAUGCAGCUGCCGAUCAGCUUCGUGAGCUGGGGGUCCCCCCUCGCGCCGUUGCACCACAGCCCAACUCUGUGCCACAAGAGCCGCAGCGGCGAGUCUCCAGGGACGGAUACAUAGACAUCGAGGAUCUGUCACUUGGCCCAGCACAAAAGGUUCGGGGCCGUAUACCACACCUUUUGCGUCAUGGCAGAGCCUCUAUGCGAGGUCGCAAAUGGGAUCACCUGCGGUCGGCAGAGCCCGUCAUUGUUGCUCGCCAUCACCCGUCUCCGUGGCAGCCCAAAGCGACGUGGCACGACUUCAUCGCCUCGUCUACAUGGGGCCGGCCGCCAAAUGAGAGAUCACAAGUGGUCGCGCCAGAGUUUCUGGAUGACCUGUACCCAAACUUUAAUCGUCAGACCGCCUUGGACUUGGACAUGAGCCGCCCGCGACAAAGUCGGCGAGGACGGGCGCUGGGAGGCUACAAGCGACUAUGGAUGAUGGCGCUCAAUCAUAGCCUAUCUCCUCUCAUAUUUCGAUUGAUGGUUAUCAUCACGUCCAUCAUUGCCUUGGGAAUCGCCGCACGCAUAUACAAGGUAGAAGUAGCAGCGAAAAGGAAGGGUGCCGAGAGUACACAGUCUCUCUUUGCUGUUGCAGUUGAUACAGUGGCCAUUCCAUAUUCUGCCUAUAUGAUAUGGGACGAAUACACAGGCAAGCCUCUGGGGCUACGACCAGCCGUAGACAAGAUGUCUCUCAUCUUGCUCGACCUCUUUUUCAUCAUCUUCAAAUCUGCAAGCACGGCGCUUGCUUUUGAAGCGCUGGUGUAUCACGAUAUCACUCUGGGACCGAUACGAAAGCUGGCAAAUGCACUAGCAGCCCUGAUGCUCAUUGGAUUGCUAUCGUGGACUAUGAAUCUGUCGGUCAAUAUUUUCCGAGUAAUUGAGAAAUUGGGUGGCCGCGAAGACGAUCAUUAUGCAUAA